AUGUCAAUUUUAGCUUUAAUUCACACCAUUACAUUAUGGAGUGAUGAAACACGAAUGGGACUGUGGCUUACCAAAAAAGAAUUCCUAUUUGAUAUCCUGAGGCAAAAUAACAAGGAUGGUAGCCCAGUUCAUCAGUUGCUUAAUGGUAAAAUUACGAUGAGUCAGUACUGUAAGGAUUUAAAUCAACUUGCCCUCAAUGAAGCAGAGCAAUCGAAUACGAUGCUACCGGAAAAUUUUAGUAUUGAACGAAUAGUUGCUGAAUGUAUUGAUGACUUGAAAAUGAAUAAAGAAAUUGUUUCUGUUAUGGCCAAAUUAAAGCGAUCAGGAUAUAAAAUUACCAUCAUUUGCAAUUCCUGGAUUGAUGAUUGCAAUAUUGUUAAUUCAUCCAUCAGCUCCAAAAUCAAAUUAUACUUGAAAGGCCUAGCCAAUUAUUAUUUUGAAUCAACUCAAAUAGGAAUAUCUGGACCUUCUAAGGAGAUUUACCAAUAUGUUAUGCAACAAAUGGAUGUCCAAUUGCAUGAGAUAAUAACUAUAGAACAAUCAGAAUUAUCGGCUGAGAUAGCAAGAAAUCUUGGUAUAGCCUAUAUCGUAGCAAAUGAAAACAAAGAGCUUUUAAUUCAAUUAGGAAAUCUUAUUGAAAUUAAUAAAGGUAUCAAAAUCCAUUUUGUCGAGAAAGGAAGUGGCCAAGUCAUUUUAUUCCUUCAUGGUUUUCCUGAUUUCUGGUAUGGAUGGCGAUAUCAGAUCCCGUAUUUUACCGCGAUUGGCUUUCGUGCAAUUGCUAUAGAUCAUCGAGGAGUCGGGCUAUCGAGCUGCCCCCCAAAUGUUGAAGAUUAUUCUAUGGACUUAGUUACUGAGGAUAUCGAUCAAGCCAUUCUUGUUGGUCACGAUAUCGGAGGUGAUGUUGCCUGGAAUUGCUGUUUACAAUAUCCUGAUAGAGUUAGAGCUGUAGCAAGUUUAAAUUUUCCAUAUAUACCACCUCAUCCGAAUAUGAAUUUAUUGACCUACAUCAAGCAAAAUCCUUCUCCUCUGCAAUAUUAUAUUUAUUUUUCAGAAAGUGGAAAAUUUGAAAAAUGCCUAGCCAAAGAUAUUCGCGUCUCGUUCCAAAAUAUCUAUACUAGUACUGAUGAAAACGACGAAAAGGCAUUAGACGGCCGUGAAUUUAACUUAUUAGAUAUGGACUGUUCAUCCUAUAAGUUGAAACUAAUCGAGGGCUAUCAACGAAGUUGUUUUAUGACAAAGGAAGAACUAGAUUAUUAUGUUAAAGCAUUUCAAGUAACGGGUUUUACCCCUAGCUUGAACAGAUUUAGAAAUGCCCAAAAAUGCUGGAAGUGGCAAUUGAAAACAUAUGGUAAAAAGACGUCUAAAAAUCCAACUGUCCAAGAAAGGGCAGAAAUGCCAAUUAAAAUUUUUACAUCAAUAUAA